AUGAUCAUCCCGCGCACCGGGGCUCCCUCAACUUUUUACCCAUAUUCAUCGGUGGAUGAGAGCCAAGUCAGCUGGAGUGUGCCGCCAGCUUUCAACUCGCUGCUGUCGAUCACGAAGAACGGGCUGCUGCGCACUUUCUCGACUUCCGGACCGGCUGGACUGUUGAAGGCCGAGUCAUCGUCUGGCGCUAACAAGACGCUGCUGGUUCCGGUGCAGAUCACGCCCGCUCGCUCAAUCUGGGUCGAAGUUUUCCCGCCGCUCUCGGCCCCGGAGUCUUCCCCACUCACCGCCCUCAAUGUUGGCCAGACGCUCGAUUUGUACAUCCACUUCCGCGACCGUUUCGGCGUCCGCCUCGUCGCCGCUCCGAAUCAGGGUCAACUACCAUCCGCAUCGCUUCGACCUUACCGAAAUCGCCGCCUUAAUGGCAACCGCACACUGGCCAUCACCCUGAAGACGCCUGGCGAGACUGUGCUGCGUAUCUGGGACGCCGAAGAUCAGAGCAUUGAGACGUUCAUCCGCUUCUCGGCCGUCGAUCUCCCGCCACCAGAUGCCAACGAGACCACCAAGGACGAGUCGAUCUUGAAGGCAAUCGCCGAGCCGUCGUGCCCGAUUCAAGGCGCAUCCACCGCUGACAAAGCGAGCAGCUUUGAACGGCUUGGAUUCUUCGACUGGUUGCGCUAUAUGUCUAAACACCUGGUGACACUGCUGUGCGGCUGCGGCCUGCUGAUCAUCACCACAUGCUGCUGGAUUCUUUUGCGACGCUCUCCGUCCAAGAAGGGGUGCCGC